CGGCCCUGUGCAGCUAUGAGGGACUUACCGCGUGUCUAGAUACAGAUACACGUGUGUGCGUCUGUGCGGCUGUGUACGCGCGCACAGGUGUACGCGCAGCGCUCGGCGUCCGCACGCCCUCAGACGGGGAAGUCGGAGUGUGCCAGCGGAAACGCCGCUGGUUCUCUGGUGCUUUGUGUGUCUCCUGGCUCUGCUGUCCCUGCAAGAGCCGGAGGGUUGCUGUUUUCUGCCGGAUGUAGGUGCGGCGUUCUGCGGCGAAGUGGUUACCUUUGGAGAGUUAAUGUGGAUGUCGAGCGCAGGGGAGCUGCUAGGAUGGAAAAAGAUUUGGUGAGCAGAAAGCUUUCUUUUAAUGAAAUAUUUAGCUCAUGCUGAGAAACAAGUCAGAAAACCCGGCCAAAAGCUAAUGUCAUCCGAAACGCCGACAGACAGUCCAGAGGUGCCAAUGGAAAAUACCCUUUUCCCUGAAGUUCCUGAUGUGGAAGGAAAGGUGAAGUCAAAUGACAGUCCAGUAGAGAGACAGGAGGCAGGCUCAGAAAAGGAAGAGUGCUCUGAGCCCAUGUCCAAAAGGCAAAGGAAGAAGUUAUUGAAGCAGAAACAGUGGGAGGAACAAAAAGAUCUACGGAGGCAGAAACGAAAAGAAAAACGCCAGAAGAGAAAACUAGAGCGUCAGUCAAAAUUGGAUUCCAGUAAUGAAGGGAAUGACAGAAAGUGCAUGCGCAGGGAAGUUGUUCCUAGCACACUUCGCCUCAUUGUGGACUGCAGCUUUGAUGACCUGAUGGUGUUAAAGGAUGUUAAGAAGCUUCACAAGCAGAUUCAGAGAUGUUAUGCAGAAAACCGCAAGGCAUUUCAUCCUGUGCAGUUUUACUUGACCAGCCAUGGUGGACAGCUGAAGAGCAACAUGAAUGAAAAUGACAAAGGAUGGGUGAACUGGAAGGACAUCCAAAUUAGAACAGAGCACUACAGUGAGCUAAUAAAGAAAGAAGACCUAGUAUAUCUUACCUCAGAUUCCCCAGAUGUUCUCAAGGAGCUUGAUGAGAAGAAAGCCUAUGUGAUUGGAGGACUGGUGGAUCACAAUCACCACAAGGGAAUAACUUACAAAAAAGCUGUAGAGCAAGGCAUUGGUCAUGCACAGCUCCCACUCAGAAACUUUGUCAAGAUGAACAGUCGGAAAGUGUUAGCUGUCAAUCAUGUGUUUGAGAUCAUCCUUGCAUACCUGGAGAAGAGAGACUGGAAGGAGGCCUUUUUCAGUGUCCUGCCACAGAGGAAAGGGGCUGUUCCUCUGGGAGAAGCCAAUGAUUCAUCCAGACAUGCUCUGUUGGGAAAAGAAGAUGAAGACAAUGACUCGGACAGUGACUAGGCUUUAGAAGGAGAUGAUGGGAAAGAUGUGACACACACUUCAUGGGAUAAAUCUGGGACACGAAGGAGUUACACUCCAAAGACCAUCUGCUGUCUUUGUAAUACUGAAUUGUCUCAGUGCUCGGUAGUUCCAUAGUUUACCUAAAGCUUUUUGUGCACGUGAAGGGUAAAGUUAAAUGCAGUUUUUUACCCUGAAACUUUAUUAGCUUUAAGAAAAAAAAAAAAGAAAUUAAUGGCAAACAUAGCAUUUAUUUUUCCCAAGGGAGCUGUUUAAUUUAAUUUUUUAAUAUUACUUUUUUAUACAUACAAAUUUGGGUGUAAUAGCCGAGAGCAUUAGUAGUUACUGUUUUAAUGUAUGCAUUCUUCUCCGUUUCUACUCUAAAUUUUCUUAAAAGCAAUUAAUGACAAGCGUUCCUGUGACUCCAAAACCUGCACCACUAGUGCCUGUUGCAAAAGUGUGCAUGAACACUCAGAACAAACAAACAAACAUUCUAAUUUUCCUGAACUUCUCAACACACAGUUGCAAUCAACUGAACUGCCCAGUUUGUAUAUUGUGUUUAGUUAGGUGGGGUCAGUAGAUGAAAUAUGAGUGUGGGGUUAAGGCAGUGCUUACACUUGAGCUUGAGUGGGAUGGGUGUCAGCACAGGUGCAAAUCAUGUGCCUUGGUUGGCACAUUGUGCAUGUUGAAUUGAGGCGACACAAUGACUUGGAAUUAUUUCUUCAUCUCCUUAGCUGCUCCACGCAGCCUCAGAACAAUCCUAGGAUACAGGAACUCUUCCUUACAAGUCACUUACUCAGAUUUAGUAUUCCUCUUUAGUCACAUGAUCCUGUUCGUAAUGUGUUGUCUGUCAAAUAUUUUCAUUUAAAAAAAGAAGUCAUAAUCUUAUUCUUGACUGGAUGUUCUGAUUCAGCUUAUUUCUAACGAACUUAAGUGCUUCUGCAGAGUAGCGAAGUGGACACCUUGGAAGUGAGGCUUCACUUCAGCCCCAUGAGCCUGCCCCAUCCCUUUUUUCUCCAGGGACUAGCCAGGUAGCUGCAGUGCCUGAAUAAGUACAGCUUUCACACCGCUUGGCUGAAGAGCUGUGAGGACAUGGCAUCCUAACUGGUCUGGUAUGUUGCUCACUGGUGCCUCAGCCCGUAGUUGGUGUUGAUGCUGUUUACCUGUUCUCUGUCUGUGCUAACCUAAUCAGGUCUUAUGAGGCUGAAGUUCAUGCCUCUUUUCACGAACUGGAUGGUAUCUGUGGGAUGUGUUCACUGGUGAGAUGGAGCAGUAAAUGAGGAGAGUGGGAUUUCGAUGGGCAUGGCCCUCUGACUACCACUGCCAUCCUCAACCUUUCAUAUCCUACAGUUUUUCAGCUGUCUAGAAAAGGCUGUUCUUGGCAGACCUGGACUCACACUGAAGGCAUUUCUAACCCUUUCCUAAAUGCUGUAGGUGCUCAACUGUUCACUGGUGGAAUCAGCAGCAUUGACAUGACCAUACUACAGUGGUGAUUGGCUUUCAGUCAGCAGGCUGCAGCUGUGCAGAAGUCCUCUGUGGAGAAGUGAUGGCUCAAGAAGCCCUAAAGCCUCAUUCUUGCAAUAAGUUCAGUAUAAAGUUACUGAUGAGAACAGUUGAAUUGGUUGUAGCACAUGAAAAUCAGCCCAGCAUCAGAUCAAGUUUAUUCCUUAUUUGCAAUCUCCAGACCUGGCUGUAUUGUUCUCAGUGUUUUCAAGAUGGACACACUUGCAUAUUUUAGGCGUGGCCAACUAAUGCAUACACAGUAAACAGAGACAAAUCACUGUACUGUUUUAUAGUAGGAAAAUAAAAGGAAUUAGUUUCUGAUAACAGGAAUAAAUAUUUACAUGGAGUGCUCUCAGGCAUUUCUGAAAGAAACAUCCUUCUUUGAACCAGCUUCAGCUGUACAAAGUUAACAAAAGUGUAGAAAAACAUGCAGGAAGUUCUCUGCUUCACUGUGCUCUCCUCAAGGAAGAUCAGCUAUGACAUGUUUGUCUAACCAGGCCUCUCAGACCUCUGAGGUGAUGGCACCACAUCAUCUCCAAGCAAUUUUUGCUCUCUGUGCCCAGAGAAUUUUUUUUUGAAGUGUAAUUUGAAUCUGCCUUGUUUCAGUUUAGGUAGAUUUGUUCCCUGGCCAUGAUGGAGUUGAGGAAUAGGACAUGAAAAAAGAAGCUGCACGGAAGCUCUACAAGAACAUGAUCCCUGUGUUUCACCACCAGGUGUCAUUGCUGUGCUUAGGAAAGCUCUGAUUUUCAUCACUAAGCUUUGUGAAGUUCCGGGUAUUGGCUGAACUAUUGCUUAACAAUCCUGAGCAGCUUCUGAACAGCAGAAUAGAGCCAGAGAUCUUUAUACCUGUCUAAUGAAACAUUAGAAAGGCAAUAAAGAAGGUAUGGUUCAACGAAUCUGAAAAGAAAAUGUCAGAAAAUAUGAAAGGGAUAUGGCAGAAAGUCAAACCUUCAGGCACAAAUGGGCAAACUUUCUUUUAGUAGCAUGCAGUGGGGAGGUCACAAGAAGAUGCCAUAAGUAAGCCUGUUGUCUUGUUCCCUCCCACUGAGCCUCAACGCCCCUGGUUAUGGGUGGGAUAUGACAGAGAUAACAGAUUUCUGAAGUCAUGCAGCAUUCAUCUGCAUCUGUGUUGUGGCAAUUUCCCAAAUGCUGCAUUACUGCAGGUUAGUGUACUGUCCCCCUGCUUGUCCUUUUCCUGGAUUCAGGUCAAUUUGUCUGUGAUUUGGUUUCCACAUGUCCCACGUCGUACGUGCUCAUUGACUCCUUGCUUGCUUAUGGAGCAGUAGUGUUUGAUUCUAGACACGACUCUGCAGGAGGGCACCUGAAUUUUUUGAGUGGGAAAAAGCCUCUCUGAAUACCCCCAUCUUAGAGGUUUUGGUCAAGAAGUUGACCACUGACGGUGUUUUUUGCCGUGCAGGCUGGCAUGCUGCACAGGGGUGCAGCUGCUGAGGGGAUCCACAAUGACCAGUUAUUCUGAAAAACCAUAUCACCACCUGGGCUCAGGGCAGUCUAGGGGCAGUGUGACUGCCAGCUGCAGGAGUGCAGGAGUGGCAUUCCUAAAGUCCUUAGAGCUUGAGGAUAAGGUCAGGGACAUUUGAAGAGUUCCAGCAUUGCUUUGACUUAAACAGAACUUUAGAUUGCUUGGGCUGUGUUGUAGAUCACACUGAAGAUCAUGGGUUCACCACACAGUUAUUGACGCUGGUUCAUAUUAUGGUAAAGUAUCCAUUUACUCUGCAGGAGGUUUUAAAAUAAGGUUUGAGUAAGCCCAUAUUAUUCUUGUCAUAAGUUACUCUGAAAAGCAGAGAUGGAUUUCCAUGUGACUUCCAAAUCUAAAGCUGAAUAAACUUUGGCCCAUCUU